AUGUCCGACACGGACUACUCCCGCCAGACGGCGGAUCUGUUCUUCAUGAAGCACGACCAAACCCAGGAGCUGCGCCAGUUUCGCAACUUCAUCCCCGAAUAUGUGUUAAAAACAUUCUGCGGGUCGGGCGAUCCUAAUAUGUUGGUGGUCUACGAGGAGAACCAAAUGCACCUCAUCGGUGAUGGCGAACUCUUGACCCUUUUCCACCCCGAACAACAAGAAUUCGAGCCGCAACACUGGCGAAACUGCUUCGGCAAGAACGACAUUUAUGCCUCCUACUUCGAGAACCUCACUCGCCAGGCCUUCGAAUCCACCGGUGUUUCCAAGUUUCUCUCGCUACAGCGAGUUGAUCGGGAAAUUUACACCCAGCUGGCCGAUCCCAUCUGGCAGAUUCACGGAAACCAGCCUCUAUCGGAGGUGCCGUUCCCACGAGAGGACAUCAACACGUUCCGCAAGUUUUUGUAUUUGAUGACUUCGGUCGGAAAUAGGGAGAGGAACAUGCACUUGCUCGCGCACCACGAAUUUAUGGAGAAUGCGCGCAUCAGGCGAAGGAAAUUCAUUGAGAACAACGAUCUACAGCAUGCGAGGGAUGUUUGGCUGCGGAAUGUCGAUCGCAUGUUGGAUACUCCGCACCACCAGGUUCCCAGCACCACCUCGAUCUUUGACCUGGACCGAGCAGAUUACAAGGCAAACGCGGUUGAGAGGUACAUGGUUUUCUGGGAGGCGAUGCCCGGCGAUGAGUUCAUCCUCACCGACUCGGCGUUCGGUGGCUUUGAGGGUGGUCAGAUCGGGGCGAAGAAGAACUCGAAGAUCGACAUGACUCCGUUGCAGAUGGAGCAGCACCUCUACACCCGGGAUUUCAUGUGGCAUCAGAUUUAUGUCCUUUCGCCGACGCUGGUCGUGGCGCUCUGCCAUCCCACCCUGAUGCAUCCCGACCUCACGGCGCGACAGCGAAAACGGUGGGGACUGCGCAAGUCCCUGCUUGAGAGCCUGCCCCACGAACUCCCUCACCGCUACUACAAAGACAUGAAGAGGAACGACAUGAACUUUACGAAGGAGGGUUGGCAGCUUCCCGUCGAGGUGGAGCAGGCGUUCGCGCCCGCCAACGCGAGGGGCUUCGACCGGCGGAGGGAUGAGGAUGUUGUUUUCCCGAUGCACCGUCUCACGUCGAGCCAGGUCGCCAUGGUCAACAGCGUUCUCCUGCACAACCAGGAGUUGGGUGCUAAGAUUCAGUCGGUAUGCGUGCGACCUCCGCCGUCCUACCGAUGCUUUCUGCAGUCUCUGCGCCAGUUCCAGCACGAUCCGUGGCCAAAGUACUCGGAGGAGACGCAGAACGAUUACAACCCUCUCCUCCAACGACUGGAGGAGUACCUCCAGGCGACAUUGCCUCCGACGCCGCCCAACCUUCCCUCCAACUACCCGUACCACUCCCACGAGAUUCCCGUGUUCGGCGCACCCACCUUCGGAAACAUGCACUAUUCGGCGCUCUCCACCAGCGAUGUUCAGAGGUACGAUGAGCAAUUUGAUGCCGGGCAUCCCCAAUCAUCCACGCAGUCAUCGCUGACAUCGUCUUUCGCCCCGUCUUCGCAAUCGGCUUAUAGCUUCUCAUCAACUUCUAGCCAAUCUUCUGCUAGCACCAAGACUACAAGCCUCGAUACCCCACGGUUCGAUCCCAUGCACCUCGAGCACCAACAGCGGAAUCGGUCUCCGACGAGAAGGGACAGCGGCCAUAUAGAUCGCGGCCUCGGCGAUGGGUUCGUCCGCCGCAGCAACACCAAUCCCAAGCGAUCGAAGCCCGACGUCAAGAGUCUGAACUUCUCUGUCGAGAAGUCCCUUCAGGAAGGCGAAGCGCUGAGCCGACAGGCUGCUGGCUAUCUGAGCGCCCCCCAUGGUCAUGACCACAUGCAUCAGCACGGAAACUACCAGAUCCCUCCCAGCCGCGGACGCAACACUGAGGUCCGGAGCAACCCCCCAUCGAACCCUCCAUCCAAGCGAGCCAGCCCGAACCCUUUCAUGUCGGAGCCUCACAGGAUGCCUCAGAUCAUCACACCUCCCUCCUCGAAUAACAGCAGCAUCCCUACGAAGAAGAACUAUGCAACCGAGAACGGCCGUCCCGGCCUAUCGCACCGGCAAGCCGAGCCAUCUCCUGUGAUUCAGGCUCGUCCCAACGUGCAUGGCCAUCAGAAUGCCCAAUACGUUCCCGAGAUGCAGGCACCGCCGCCGCGACGUAUCAACCGCUCGCCGGAAAGACAGUUCGUUCCCGACCUCCCGCCGCCACCCCAGCGACGAGUCAACCACAGCCCGGAGGGAAAGGAAUACCGGGAGCCAGUUCGGCCCACCGUGAGGAGGAGCGCUACCAUCUCGGAACCAGUCCUCCCUCCCCGUGUCGAGCGUUCUCCCGAGCAGAACGGCCCGUUGGUAGAUGCUAGGGGACGCAGGUACGAGCCCAUCAGACUCGAGCCGGCGCUGCCCCUGCCCGAACCGGUCCGGGGCCGGCCUCAGCACUCCAUCCGCUCUGAGCAGUCGCCUGCUGCUGCUGCUCAGCCUCAGCCACAGCCUUCUCAGGAGCGCUCGGUCCCACAGCAAGUGAUCGACAGCGUACGUGAGCGUCUCAAUCAGGUCAUCAACUCCGAGGUAGCUCCUCAGCAGGUCAAGCCCCAGCAGCAGCUGCCCAUCCAACGGAGCGCCAACCGAUCGGCCGAACGCAAGCAGGAGCCACAGACUCAACCACAGCGCAACACCGUGCAGACCGCGAACGGCCAUGUCUACCAGAUGGUUGCACCCUCGCAGCCGCCGACACGUGCUCUUACGGCAGGAAACCCAUUGCCUCAGGCCCAACCCCAGCCCCUAGUUCAGCAGGCUCCCAUCGCCCAGCCCCAGGCUCAGGCUCAGACUCAGCCUCAACCAAAGCAGCAACCCCAGCCGGAGCAGCGCAUCCCGUCGUCGACGAACACGUCAGCGACCACCGAACAUCCUACCCGCUUCGGUGUCGAGAUUGUCCGUGGUCGUUCUCUGAACAACAGUCAGACAUCCUCGCAGCCUCAGAAGUCCCCGGUUACGGUCGAGAACCUCGAGCACAAUGCGCUGGCCAUCAUGCCUUUCCAAGAGCCUGUGCAACAGGCUCCCGUUGUCAAGCAGCUGCGAUUCGAGACUCCAAUCAAGUCCAUCUCCCGCAGAUACUCUGACCGCUCUUUGGCCGAGUCCAUGAUGGUGCAAGUCGGUGACACUCCUUCGCGUCUGGAGUCCGAGUACGACGAGUCCGAGGAGUCUGAAUCUGACGAUGAUUCGUACGACGAUGAGGAGGACUCCGAGUCGGAGGGCGAGGAUGAUGACGAUGCCUCCUGGGAAGAUGAGGGGUUUGCCGAGGCCGAGGAGAUUGCCAACAAGUCCAAGGUAGUCCGCUUUGCCGAUAAGCCUUUGCCUUCUCCCAAGCCGCUGCAGAUUUUGCCACGCAACGUCAACUCGAUUUUCGAGAAGGCGGCGCUGUUACGAAAGGGAUUGGAGAUCGAGCGACCCAACUCCAGACAGGGACGACGUGUCGAGAUCGCCAGGCCAUUGUCGAGGAGCGGACAUCGCUUCAACCGCCACUCCCUGGCUGCACCACCUCGCAGGCUCUAA